UUUAUGAUCGAAACUCGAUCACAAAAUAAAAUUAAGGAAAAAUGAUAGUUUAUAUACUCUGAGAAUAUGAGAUUUCAAUUUGUUGUUUUAAUUAUUUUUUUUUCUUUGAAGGACAAAAUGUAAAAUUAACAAAAUUUUGUCACAAAAUAAUACGUUCUGCCCCCAAAACUCUUUGAGAAUCGUGAAUUACACCCUAAAUUUUAUUGAUUUUAUAAAAAUUUCUCUUUUGUUCAAAUUUUGACAAAUUGCACCUUGAUUUUUGUCAAAAAUUUCCACGACUUCUAGGUUUGAUGUAGAUGUUUUUUUUUAUUUUAGUUAGUUUUUUGUUAUCAUAGGUUGUAUUUCUAUAUCUCCUACGGGGAUGAGCAAGAAUUGUGCAGAGUAAUGAAAAUGUCCAUGCUUGGACUCGGUGGAGAAAUGUCCCUCUCUUCUCUUCUUCUUCCACUAUUCCUUAGUUUGAUCACUUUCUUUCUCCUCCAAUAUUGGCUCAAACAUUGCCGGAAAAACCUCCCACCAUCACCACCAAAACUUCCCAUAAUUGGAAACCUUCACCAACUUGGUUUCCUCCCUCACCGCUCCCUGAAAUCAUUAGCUGAAAGCCAUGGCCCAUUAAUGCUUCUACACUUUGGCAGCAAGCCCACACUAAUAAUCUCGUCUCCUGAGGUAGCUGAAAUGUUCUUCAAAACAAACGAACUCAAUUUCUUAAGUAGGCCUAAAGCAAACUUUGUGGGUAGACUUGUGUACAAUUUUAGGGACCUAGGUUUCGCGCCUUACGGAGAAUACUGGAAGCAAGCAAGAAGCAUUUGUGUUCUUCAACUUCUCAGUAACAAGAGGGUUCAGUCAUUCAGAAGCGUGCGCGAAGACGAGAUCUCUUUGAUGUUAGAUGACAUCAACGAAUCUUGCUUGUCGCACACCCCUAUGAAUAUGAGCGAGAUGCUGUCCACACUGACUCUCAACCUAAUUUCUAGGGUAGCCAUCGGGAAAAGGUACUCAGAAGAGAAACGUGGGACUAAAGUACAGAAAAUGCUUGAGGAAUUUAUGGAGUUAUUAGCUACAUUUAACGUUGGUGACUACAUCCCAUGGCUCGGAUGGAUUAAUCACAUCAAUGGUCUGGAGGCAAAAGUGAAUAGGGUUGCAAAAGAAUUGGAUGCUUAUUUUGAAAAUAUUGUUGAAGAAGGAAUGCGGAAGCGGGAGAAAGUUGUCAACGGCGAGGAGAAAAUAAUGCAGCAGAAUUUCGUUGAUGUUUUGCUGGAUCUCCAGGAGAAAGACGCCACUACUAGGUUUGCUCUUCAACGUGCUUCUCUUAAAGCCAUAAUCUUGGACAUGUAUGCUGCUGGAACAGAUACUGUAUCAACAUUAUUAGAGUGGGUAAUGUCCGAAUUAGUGAGAAACAAAAACGUCAUGACUAAACUAAAAGAUGAGGUGAGAGGAUUGUCAAAUGGCAACUUGAAUUGGAUAAGCGAAGAUGAUUUAGAAAAACUUCCUUACUUAAGAGCAGUGAUUAAAGAGACAUGCCGUAUGCAUCCUCCAGCUCCAAUGCUACUUCCUCGAGAAUCAAAGGACAACAUCAAUGUCAUGGGGUAUGAUAUUCCCGCUGGCACCCAAGUGUUCAUCAAUGUUUUUGCAAUCGGGAGGAGCUCUUCGCUCUGGAAAAAUGUUGAUGAGUUUCAACCCGAAAGAUUCUUAAAUACUAGCAUUGAUCUUAAAGGGAAAAAUUUCGAGUUGCUUCCCUUUGGUUAUGGAAGAAGAAGUUGUCCAGGAAUGGCAUUCACCUUAGCAACAGUUGAAGUUGCCCUCGCAAACCUAAUUCUUAAAUUCAAUUUUGCUUUGCCUUAUGGAACAAAAGUAGAGGAUUUGGACAUGAGUGAAGUUCCUAGUAGUGUUGUUAGAAGGAAGACGCCGUUGAUUCUUGAGGCAACUCCAGUUUGUUAAGGCAAUUCAAAGGGCUUAUCUACCCCAAAACUGCUAAGGCGUUCACCUACCUCUAUCAUUCUGUGUCACCUGCUCUUCACAUAAUUAAGUACUUAUGGUUUCAAUCAUAGUCUCGUUUCAUGUAAUAGUUUCUUGCUAUUGACAUCCUCGCGUACGCGUUUGCAUUGGGUUUGAAGAAUUCAUGUUUUCAAGUAAUUUUUUUUUUCCAAUUUUUUUAACGGUUUACAUGAUCUGAAUAAUAUUUUACAUAUAUCGUUCGUGGGCAC